CAGACAGUAGAACGAUUAACGUGUUCCAUUGAAACGUCUCGCCGCGCCGCGCCGCGCCCGCGCCGCCGCCGUCACGAUGGACACUUGGAUACUGUUGUCUCUCUUAGCUGGCGUCAUCGCUGUUUAUUAUUAUUUCUUUAAAAAUUUAAACUUUUUUGAGAAAUAUGGAAUUAUACAUAUACCACCAUUGCCUAUUGUGGGUAAUAUGGCACCAGCUUUUCUUCACCAGUUGUCGUUGGCCGAACUUGUUCAAAAAAUCUACCAUCUAAAUCAAGACGCCAAAUAUGUUGGUUUUUUUGACAGUAUGACUCCAGUUGUGAUGAUUCGUGAUCCGGAGCUUAUCAAAGCCAUCGGCGUUAAGAACUUUGAGAUGUUUCCCGAUCGUCGCGGUUUCGGGAUCAUCGACGAAGCUAUCGAUCCUUUGUUUGGCAAGAAUCUAUUUUCUCUUCGCGGCGAAAAGUGGCGAGUUAUGAGGACUUUACUAAGCCCCGCUUUUACUUCCAGUAAAAUGAAAGCCAUGUUUAAAUUGAUGUCCGAGUGCGCCGCCAAUUUUACUGACUUUCUUUCCACGUUACCUGCGGACAAAAAUGUUAUAGAAAUGAAGAACUGUUUUACCAGAUACACGAAUGACGUAAUCGCAACUUGCGCUUUCGGUGUCAGGGUCGAUUCUAUGAAGAAUCCUAACAACGAGUUCUACAUUUACGGAAAGGAAGCUACGACUUUCAAUACUCUGCGCAACAUAAAAUUCUACUUUAUUAGAGGUAUGCCAGGUGUCACCAAAAUGUUGGGUAUUAAACUUACUAGCGAUCACGUAAGUCAAUUUUUCAAAGAUCUCGUAAGGAGCACAAUACAUACCAGAGAUACGAAAAAUAUCGUACGACCAGACAUGCUGCAACUGAUGAUGGAGACUAGAGGAAAAAAAGGACCCGGAAAGGAAUUGACGAUCGAGGAUAUGACCGCGCAGGCAUUCGUCUUCUUCUUUGGCGGUUUCGACUCUGUCUCCACCUUGAUGUGCUUCGCCGCUCAUGAAAUCGCCGUGAAUCCAGAUGUUCAAGCAAGACUGCGAAAUGAGGUAGACGAGGUUCUAAAGACAACCAGCGGAGAAUUAACUUAUGACACGCUGAAUGGAAUGCAGUAUCUAGACGCCGUGAUCAAUGAGGCUCUUAGAUUGUGGCCUGUGGCUACUUUUGUGGAUAGGAUAUGUGUGGAAGAUUUCGAGUUACCGCCAGCGCUGCCCGGAGACAAGCCCUUUCUUUUAAAGAAAGGGAUGAACGUUUGGUUUCCUGCUUACGGUCUGCAUCGAGAUCCAAAGUAUUUCGAGAAACCGGACGAAUUUUAUCCCGAACGCUUCCUGAGCGUUGAAAAUAAGAAAGAUAUAAAUUCAGCCGCGUAUAUUCCAUUUGGAAUUGGUCCAAAAAUGUGUAUAGGUAAUAGGUUUGCGUUAUUGGAGACUAAGGUCAUGCUAUUCCAUUUGUUAGCUCGUUGCGAAUUGAAAAUGUGCACGAAAACUACGCAUCCGUUGCGAUUGAGCAAGAAAACUUUUAGCAUGCUAGCAGAUGGAGGAUUCUGGCUGAAGAUCGAAGCGAGAGACAAUCCUAGUGUAUCCUCUAACGUUGUUAAUGGUAGCGCGACUGAUGGACAUAUUUAAAUUUACAAGAUUACGAUUAUUACGAAUAAAAUUUGCAUUUAUAAAUCUGGCGCAAUAUCAUUUAACUGAUAGAAAUAACAUUCGGACUGAUUUGGAUACGCACGCGUAAAUAGUUUUAUUUUAAAUAAGGUUUUCGUUAUAAUAUUCAAAUUAUUUGCAAAGCAAUAAUGUUUCCAUUUGCUCAUAAUUUUAUCUCUUCUUUCAUUAACGUUUCAUGGAAAUUGAAUAUGACAUUAAUUCUUAAUCUGUUUAUUUAUCAUUUAUAUUGUUUAGUAUAUGUGGAUGAAUAAUUUCAUUAUACUAUUAUUAUAAAUUUCUAUGUUAGAACAAAAUUUAAAUUUAAAUUAUCUUAAAUAUAAUUAAAAAGAAUGAGCUAUCGCGAUAGAAAUUCCAUAGAAAGCGAAAGAUUUUCUAUGUAAUAAAUUAUUAGAAUAUGAAAGAACAUUACUGGAAAGUUACAUACUUAAUAUAGAAAAUAAUAUUGAAAAAAAUUCCAUAGAAAUAGUGUUGAAUAUAUGUGUACAUACAUACAUAUACCAUAAAUAUAAUAAUCCAAGAAAUAGAACAUGUUAUAUUCUUUAGUCAAACAAAAAAUGAUUAGUAUUAACAAUAAUUAUACUUUAAAUCAAUAUGUU